GCUCGAGAGAUCUUGAGCAAUAAUUGUUGCCAAGUUGUGUGGCGUUUCCGGAGUAAAUCUUGAUACUUCAGCUGUUUAAGCCAUGUCACAGCUUCAUCAAGAAGCCUUACGAAGACAACAUGUCGUUGAUAAAAGAAAUGUUAACGAUUUGUCUUGGUUGUUGCCGAAGGACAGAAUCAGUCAAAACCUACACAGUCCUUUCAGUUCUGGCAUGAGAAGUAUUAACAGUCCAAACUCUUUGCACCAUGGUUUAGCCAUGGGCAGUAGUCCUGGCUCCAGGAGCAAGGAAGUUGUUAUCACCGACCCUUACUUAGAUGCAAUAACCAAAGAAACAAAAGCAAGAACUCAGAAUAGAUUUUCAUCAACAGAUUACAUGAUGCAGUGGUGAAGAAAACAGGGCAGACAGUGAUACAAAGGAUGUUAUUAAUGGUGUUGUUUUCUGGCAUACAACUUCAGACUCCAGUCCAGUUGAAAGAGUUUGCACAUUUUGUGUUGUUAAGUUGAUUGUCAAAAACCUUAACCCUACGAGACUGCUUGUUACUUUUGUGUGAUUUGAAAAGAGCAUUCAGGAAAUUGCAUUGCAAAUAUAACAGAAUUUCGUGGAGAAUCAUAACACAAAGAUUUAAUUUUUGUAACAUGUAUGUCAUGUUACAUUAGCUUUAAAUUUUGUAAAUAUCCUGAACUGAUACUCUCAGUUAAUGAUUU